AUGGUAUCGAACAUCUGGGUAGCUGCCGCCGAUAACGACCGAAAUGUCGUAAAGAACUUGGUAGAGUCUGGCGGAAUGUCUCCCAACUCCAAAGAUCCUAAUGGAUAUACGCCUAUUCACGCCGCUGCUUCAUAUGGUCAUCUCGACCUUCUUCGAUACCUUUUAGGCAAGGGUGGUGACAUCAACAUUCAGGAUAACGAAGGUGACACUCCUUUGCAUCAUGUUGAAGAUCUAAGCACGGCUAGAGCCAUGGUUGAGGAGUUGAAGGCGGACUAUAAGAUCAAAAAUUCGGAGGGACAAACCGCAGCGCAGUAUAUCGAGGAAGAAGGAGAGUUUCCUGAGUUGGCUAAGUAUCUACGAUCUCUCACUCACGAAGAGCUCACUUCUUCAGUAUUGGACAACCUCCCAUAUCCAGGUAAUGUUGAUGGGCACCAGAUACGUUAUACAAUGGAAGCCGAUCAGGGCGAUGGUGAGAUGGAUGAGGAGAGAAGAAAGAAGUUAGAGGCUAUUGUGAACAGUGAAAAUCCAGAGGAGGCUUUGAGAGAGCUUGUUACGUCUGCCGUAAGAGACGGUUUGGCGCAGUACAAGGAAAACGAGGAACCUGGUAACAAAAGAAGGAAGGAAUAA